AUGUCGCUGCCGGCGCCCGCGCCACCGCUACUCCUCACGAAGCGCCUGACCGCGUUCCUGCGCGCGAACCUGACGCCGCAGAUCCACACAGCCCUCCUGACGACGCUCUCGGGCAAGCUCCUCGCCCACGCCUCGCCGCACUCCAUCGCCACCCUGCGCACCCAGUGCACCGUUUCCGCCUCGCUAUGGGCCCUCUACUCCGCGCCCUCCACCAGCGCCAACAUCGCCGAGGCCCUGCCGCCGCAGCAGUCCUCGUCCCCCGCGCGCGGCGAGCCGACAUCGAGCGCGAUAACCGUCCAGCUCACCGGGGCCGUCGUGGUGAUCCGCCGCCUGCGGUGCGGCCUGCUGUUCGUGUGCAUGGGGCCAGCGGCCGAGGGAGCAGAGCACGGUGGGCAGGGGCAGGGACAGCAGCAACAGCAGCAGGGUCGACCGAUGCAGACGCCUCAACCUGAUACCGAGGCCCAACCCGAACCGCUGGGGUCGCCGUCAGAGGUCGCAAGCGUCGCGAGUGCUGGGGCUGCGACUACGGCGAGCAUUGCGACGACUGCCAGUGCCGGCGCCUCGGCUGUGGUGGCCAUGCGACGGCAGGCUGAAGAACUGGCGCGCUGGCUGAAUGACAAGCUCGGGUCACUGGGUGUGCCUGAAGAGGAGAUGGGGGGCAUUGAGACCCGGUAA